CUCUGUUUCGUGUUUGUGUCGAAGUGUGACCAAUUCGUGCGUGUACGAGUUGAUGUAGUGGAAUAUUUUUAUAAAUUACGAAUUUUUGAUAGCUGAAAUUGCUUUAAAAAUAUCUAAAUUGGCGGACAAAUUCGUUGCUAUUCCAAUAAAGUUUUUUGCAUAAAAUAAUGUUUAUAAUUUGAUCGUUAAAGGCGUUUAAAGAGGUUUUGAAAUUUGCGCGUUAAUAAUAAUUUCGCAAAGAGAUUGCGGCUAAUCACGAUUGGAGGGAUAUAAAAAAAAGUUUUACAUAUAUUUACAGCAAUAAAGUUGAAAAAAAUAAUACGAAAAUUGUGCGUUCAAACAGGAAAAAAAAUCAUUAGAAAAUCAUGUCGGAAAUUAGUGAACAGAAAAAUAGCGCGCCAUCCAAUGAAGCAGAACAGCCAGCAGAGGUAGCAGCAGAGAACAUCGAAAUGGUGGCCAAUAAUGUUAAAGCACCCAAUGCCAGCAAUGAAACAUUAUCAUCUAAAGCGAUAGAACAGUCAUCGCCGAAAAAUGAAAAUAAAAAAACUCCCGCAAAACGCACGCCCUCAAAACGCUUAACUUUCACAGAACGCGCGCAAAGAGAAAGCGAAGAGCUAGUAAGAAACAUGGGGGGCAGCUUAGAAUUAGAAGGUGGACGUCGUACACGUUCGAGUACGCGCGGGACGCCGAGUAGAGCUGCGGUUGUUAUUACACCACCACCUGCUAAAAAAGCUCGCAAUUCACCAUCUAGUGGAGCCUCACCACCGCCUCGUUCUCGAGUACGCGGCCGUAAGAUAGAUACGUCAGUCGAACGAGAUUUAGAGGAAACCACGACGGCUACGCCUAUUAAAAGAAAAACCCCCGUUAAGCAUAAUAAGAAAGCUAAAGGUAGCAAAAAAUCCGAACGUGAAGAAGAGAAAUCUGAUUAUGAAGACACUAAGCAAAUACAAAACCAAACUGAGUUCGAAGCGAAAAUUGAUGAAAAUAUAAAAACUAACCAAGUGGUUAAUCAAAGGCCAGAACAAAGCGCAAUCAUAUUAAAAGCAGAUGAGGAAAUAGAAGAAGAAUGCGCUAAAUCUGAAGGUUGUAUCGUAGAGGAAGAAGAAGAUAAAGUUGAUUCAAUCCUCAAAAUCGUGCCUGAAGAAGCAGAAAGUACUACAGCAGUUGAUUUAACUGACGAUCAUAAGUCGGCGCAAGUGUCUGUAGAAAAAUCACUCUCCUCGCAAGACGAAGAGCAAGCAAUAGUACAGCUAGAAGAAGAAACUAAAGGAGAAUCGCAAUCGAUUUGCCCAAUGGAAACGGACGAAUCAAGAGAAGCUACCAAUAUUGAGGAUGAACAGUCUAAAGAUAUAACAAAAAUAGAUCUUACUGAAGAACCUAAACAAGGGAAGGAAGCUGAGCAAUCGAGAGAAAAUACUCCUGAGCCGAUGGAAGUCGAUUCAAGCUCGAAAAGCAAUGAUGUAGUUGAGCUAAUAGAAGAUGAUGACGAUAGCUCUGAAGUGCAAGAGAUACAUGAUGUGCAAGAAGUACAAGAAGAACAAGAAGUACCCGAAGAACCAGAAGAAGAACCGGAAUUGCAAGAGGUACAAGAAGCACAACACCAACAAAAAGAAGCAAUUGAAUUAACGAAAGCAAUUUCGGGGGUAGCUAAUGAAAAUCGACGCACCCAACCAGCUGAAAAUAAACAAAAGGAAGAAUACGAAAUAGAAGCUGAAGAAGAGGAUGACGAAGUAGAAGAAGUCGAAGAAGUGGAAGAUGAAUUAACUGAACCCGUAGCGGAACCAACAGUUAAUAGUAUACCAUUGAUUAGCGCCAUGGCGGAGCCAUUGGCUGAUGAAAACGAAGCAACCGAUAAUGAAAUUAUACAUCAAGAAACUGUUAAUAAUACAUCAGAUAAAGAUACGACAGAACCUGAAGACGACAAUGACGAAGAGAUAUUAAACAAUUCAGAAAGCGUUGCAAUUAAACCGAUUGUCGCUACUACUGCUAAUGACAUUAAUAAGACCAGUAAUGACAUAUGUGAACCAAAAAUUAUCACAACCACCACCACAACCACCAUAUCAACAACGGCUGACGUCAAUACUCCAACUUCGCCGCAAAUUUAUAAUUAAAAACUUGCCUUCAUUUGCAGCCUACAGCACAGUAGACACUAGGUUUUUAAACGAUUUUUCUGGUUCAAUUUUAAAAUAUCGUUCUCCCGCCAAUAGCAAGGCAUAAAAAUUGCCCUUUUUUUUAAACUAUUCUGCUCAAUAUUUCUUUCUGAGCCUAAGCCAAUAGUAGGGAUGAAAACUUAAGACAAUGUACACAUACAUACAGACAGUUAUAGGUGACUCUCCACGUUUCAAAAUAUGCUUCACUGUAUAAAGCUGAAAAAAGCUGUCACAAAGUUUUCGUCUACUUUUUGACUUUUACGACGAAAAUAUAUAUAAACAAAAUACUUUCGUUAUCGAAGUAAAAAGGAAUGACUAAACAAUAUAUAUAUAUAUA